GAGUAAAAAAAGUAAAAUUUCUGCUGUCCCCAGUAAGGCAGCCCUAGCCCAGCCGCCCCCCGCGGGCGUGGCAGUCCUGAGUCAGGGCCUGUCCGGGGCCAGCAUCCCUGCUGGGCGAUUGAGCGGCGGGAAGUUGCUUUUGAACCAGUCUCAAAGUUAACCCUAACCUAGCACCCAAGCAGCCCUCCUAGGUUGUGGGGACUUGAGAAAAGGCAGAGUUCUCAUGUCCUAGGACGCUGGGGCGCGCUGACGUGACGGGGUCCCGGAGGAAGCGGAGCCCUCGGGGAGCUGGGGACCGCAGCAGGGCUGCAGUCACAUCCUGUGCGGGUGAGCGGCGGGCCAGGCCCGGCAGUUGUUUCGACACGCGCCGAGCUUCGCAGCUCUUCCAGGGGCUCCGCUGCCCGAGCUAGCCCGGGCCCAGUUCUGGGGCGAAAAUGCCUGCCCUUCACAUCGAAGAUUUGCCAGAGAAGGAAAAACUGAAAAUGGAAGUUGAGCAGCUUCGCAAAGAAGUGAAGUUGCAGAGACAACAAGUGUCUAAAUGUUCUGAAGAAAUAAAGAACUAUAUUGAAGAACGUUCUGGAGAGGAUCCUCUAGUAAAGGGAAUUCCAGAAGACAAGAAUCCUUUACAAGAAAAAGGCAGCUGCGUUAUUUCAUUAAAACUUGGAGAAAACUGCAUCCUAAGUGGAAGAACUAGUUUGUUUGUUUUCCCAGAAAAACCAACAUGCUUUUAAGGAAGGAAGAAUGAAAUUAAAGGAGACUUUCUUAAGCACCAUAUAGAUAGGGUUAUGUAGAAAGCCAUAUGUGCUACUCAUCUUUGCUCACUAUGCAGUCUUUUUAAAGAGGGCAGAGAGUAUCAAAGGUGCAAUUAUGGAAAUAUGAGCAUUACUUGAGCA